AAAGACUAAAGAAAAUUAUAGCAACAAAAAACAUAUUUAAUUUAUGAUUGAAUGAAAACUAUACAGCACGGGUUGUGCCAUCCUGAAACUACCUCCAUGAAAAUCGAAUAUCCUGAAAACUGAAGUCAUCAAAGUCCCAAAGAGAGAGGUAAGAAGAAAUAGUAUUUAUUAAUCUUCAUCUCUUUCAUUUCAUAUUAUUUUUCCACAAAAGCCUAUCUGUAUAAAUGUUGAAUAUCCAUAGCCACACAACCUUUCUCAAUCUCAAAGCAUUAACUUUCCCACCAACAUCACUAUCCCACAAAAACCUCUCAUUACCAUUUUCUCUGCAUUUCUGCAACUACACUUCAGAUUCAACUUCAGUUGCAGUCUCCUACCUCAUCAACACUUUUAACUUCACCCCAAAAUUUGCUUCCAAACUCUGCUCCACUUACAAGGUAUGUUUCAAGACAACCCAAAACCCUGAUUUAGUUCUCAACUUCUUUAGAAACAAUGGUUUCUCAGAAACCCAAUUACGUAAUAUCAUUUCCAAAGCACCAUGGCUACUUUCAUGUGACCCCUUCAUAAGGGUCGUCCCAAAGUUUGAAUUUUUACUAUCCAAAGGUGCAUCGAAAUCUGACAUUGUUAACAUUGUCAGUAAGAACCCUAUGGUCUUGUCUCCAAGUUUGGAGAAUCAUAUAAUCCCAACCUAUGAAUUGCUUUAUAGAUUAUUGCAAUCAGACAAGACAACUAUUGCUUGUGUAAUUAUAAAUCCACAUUUACUUAGUGACUAUUCUGUGCCACAAAACAUCACAUUGUUGCUUCAGAAUGGAUUGACAGACACAAGCAUUGCAUUAUUGCUUAGGAGGCAGUCUCGUAUAACGUCUACGAAUACACGUUGCAUGCUGAAGUUGGUGGAGGAAUUGAAGGAUUUGGGUUUUAAUCCUUCAACAAUAACCUUUGCUAUAGCAUUGGAAGCCAAACUAACCGUAAACAAACCAUUGUGGGAAGAGAAAGUUGGUGCCUUUAAGAAAUGGGGUUGGUCUGAUGAAGAUGUCAUGGUAGCAUUUAGAUUGCAGCCUCAAUGUAUGUUGGCAUCUAUUGAUAAAAUUAAUUUAGUGAUGGGUUUUUGGGUCAAUGAGUUGGGUUGGGAUGUGCUUCCCCUUGCAAAAAAACCAUCGAUUUUUUCAAAUAAUUUGGAAAAAAGGAUCAUUCCAAGGGCCCGUGUUGUGCAAUAUCUUUUGAAGAAAGGUUUGCGAAAAAAGAAUGCAAGCUUAACUUAUCCAUUUGGAGUGUCUGAGGAGUUGUUUGUUGAUAAGUUUAUAAAACGUUAUAAGGAGGAGUCUUCUUAUCUAUUAAAGUUGUAUGAGGAAAAACCCGAUCUUGCGUACACCACGGAUAGAAAUUGCAUGUGAUAUAUCAGGUUUUGGAUGAAUUAAAGGAUUUGGGUUUUAAUCCUUCAAAAACAACUUUUGGUGUAGCAUUGCAUGCCAAACUAUCUGUAAACAAAACAUUGUGGAAAGAGAAAGUUGAUGCCUUUAAGAAAUGGGGGUGGUCUGAUGAAGAUGUUCUAGAAGCAUUUAGAAAGAUGCCUCAUUGUAUGUUGGGAUGCUAUGGACAUUGUCAAAACACCACAUAUUUUGACAUAAGUAUGAAAAAAAAGGAUCAUUCCGAAAAGUUGUUUCUUGAUAUGGUUAUAAAAUGUUUUGACGAGUCUUCUUAUCUGUUAAAGUUGUAUAAGGAAAAACUCAAUCUUGUAUACACCAGGAACAUAACUUGCAUGUCAUGAUCAGAUUUUCAGGUAUUUCAGCCUUUAUAUGCUGUUGUUGUAGUUCCGUAUUUGAUUUGAAUAAGUGUUUAGUUCAAAAUAUGAUUGGAGCUAGUUUAGCUAACUUGUUCCUUUGUUUAUUUGGACAAAUGUUGGUCUGUUGUCAUUGAUAUUUUUUCAAAAUUGUGAUGUAUAUCGGUCUAAAUAAUACCUUACAAAUUUGCCAGUAAUACACGUAAAAGUUGAAAUUUUCUUA